AUGAAGCUGCUCCUGCUCCUCAGCCUGGUGACCCUGGCCCACUGCCUGGCCCCCAGGAUCCUCCUGAGGAGGAUGAAGUCCCUGCGGCAGACCCUGCAGGAGCAGGGCUUGCUGGAGGGCUACCUGCAGGAGCACCCCUACAACCCGGCCACCAAGUACUUCCGCAGCCGCGUGGGUGCCGAGCCCAUGCAGAACUACCUGGACUACUUUGGCACCACCUCCAUCGGGCCCCCCCCCCAGAAGUUCACCGUCAUCUUCGACACAGGCUCCUCCAACCUGUGGGUGCCCUCGGUGUACUGCACCAGCCCCGCCUGCAGCACCCACCACCGUUUCAACCCCGUGGAUUCCUCCACCUUCCUGAGCACCAACGACACCCUGGAGAUCGUCUACGGCUCGGGCAGCAUGACCGGCGUCCUGGGCUACGACACCACCAGGGUGGCGGGCAUCCGGGUCUACAACCAGAUCUUUGGGUUGGCUGAGACCGAGCCCGGCAGCUCGUUCCGCUACGCGCCCUUCGACGGCAUCCUGGGGCUGGCCUUCCCCAGCAUCGCCUCCUCCGGGGCUACCCCGGUCUUCGACAACAUGAUGAAGCAGCACCUGGUGCCCAGGGACCUCUUCUCUGUCUACCUGAGCAGGUGCGUCACCUUCCACAUCAGCGGCAGGUUCUUCCCCUUGUCCCCCCGCUCCUACGUGAUGGAGAGCGACGGGUACUGCGCCCUGGGCUUCCAAGGCAUGGACGUCCCCACCGAGUCGGGCGAGCUCUGGAUCCUGGGGGAUGUUUUCAUCCGGGAGUACUAUGUCAUCUUCAACAGGGCCACCAACAUGGUGGGGCUGUCCCGCCUGCCCUGA